ACAAAUACAGCUAAAGUUACGACUUAAAUUCUUGUCUUACCGGGGGAAAGUUCAGUGUUCUCCGUCAUUGAUCGGAGAAUAAAGUAGAAAGAAAAGAAAAGUGGCUGUUUUUUUUACUAACAACACCAGCAGAACAUUUCUGCGUGCAUUUGAAGCUUUGGAGUCUAACCUGUUUCGUAAUUUUAGUUGAUUUCAGCUCCUAACUAAAAAAAAAAAAAAAAAAUUAUCGGGCCAGCAUCACAGCCCUGAUAUAAGCGCCAUUCACUUUAUACACACACACACACACAGCUACACAAAAUGGCGGCUACGGAAGAUCCGUUUGCGUGCAUGAGCGCCCAAGAAUUGAAAUAUCUCACUGUAGAUCGCAAUCGUCUAACAGACCCUUCGGCACAAUCACAAUGGGCUGCCAAACGAAUGGUUUGGGUACCUCACGACUCUCAUGGCUUCAUUGCCGGCUGUGUAGUAGAAGAAAAAGGCGACGAAGUUGUCGUCGAAGUCGAAGAAACUGGCAAGCGGACAACAUUUCACAGAGAUGACAUACAAAAAGCAAACCCCCCUAAAUUCAAUAAAGUUGAGGAUAUGGCAGAACUUACUUGUUUAAAUGAAGCUUCAGUACUUCAUAAUCUGAAAGAUCGUUACUAUUCUGGCCUGAUUUAUACAUAUUCUGGAUUGUUCUGUGUUGUGGUGAACCCUUACAAGAGGUUACCUAUUUACCAGGAUAAGGUUAUUGAACUCUAUCGUGGCAAGAAACGGCAUGAAGUACCACCACAUGUUUUCGCUAUCACAGAUACAGCUUACAGAAGCAUGCUUCAAGAUCGAGAAGAUCAGUCCAUUCUAUGCACAGGAGAAUCUGGCGCUGGUAAAACAGAAAAUACAAAAAAGGUCAUUCAGUAUUUGGCCUACGUAGCAGCCUCAUCACGAGCUGCUAACAAUCGAUCAUCGAUGUCCAAUUUCCAUAGUUCGGGUGUGGUCAGCGAGGAGUCAGUUACCAGCAUGAUAUACAUGAAAAAGGGUGAACUGGAAAACCAAUUGUUACAGGCUAACCCUAUCCUUGAAGCUUUUGGAAAUGCCAAAACCAUAAAGAAUGAUAACUCUUCUCGUUUUGGAAAAUUUAUUCGAAUCAAUUUCGACAUGUCUGGAUAUAUCUGUGGUGCCAACAUUGAAACUUAUCUUUUGGAAAAAUCAAGAUCUGUCCGUCAAGCUGAAGGCGAACGUAGUUUCCACAUCUUUUACCAAUUCCUUUCUGGAGCUUCAUCUGCUCAAAAAAGUGACUUUCUCUUGGAAGAUGCUAAAUCAUACCGCUACCUUUCCCAUGGUUCCAUGCCAGUCAACGGAGUAGAUGAUGUUGCUGAAUUCAACCAAACAUCAGAAUCCAUGCUUGUGAUGGGUCUUUCACCUGAUGAUGUGAAUGGAAUUUUCAGAGUAAUUUCGGCAGUCCUUUUGUUUGGAAAUCUUGUUUUCAAACAGGAGAGAAAUUCGGAUCAGGCCACACUUCCAGACAACACAGUUGCUCAGAAGAUCUGUCACUUGCUAGGACUUCAUGUUACUGCUGUGACCCAGGCUUUCCUUCGACCCAAACUGAAAGUUGGUCGGGAUCAUGUGAACAAAGCUCAGACUAAAGAACAGGUUGAAUUUUCAGUUGAAGCAAUCUCCAAGGCCUGUUAUGAACGGAUGUUCAAAUGGCUUGUUACUCGCAUAAACAAAUCUUUGGACCGGACUAAACGCCAAGGUGCCUCUUUCAUUGGUAUUUUGGAUAUAGCUGGAUUCGAGAUUUUCAAGAACUCUGAUGGGAAGAUGAAUUCCUUUGAACAGCUGUGCAUUAACUACACCAACGAAAAAUUGCAACAGCUCUUCAACCACACCAUGUUCAUCCUAGAACAAGAGGAGUAUCAGAGGGAGGGCAUAGAGUGGAAGUUCAUUGACUUUGGCCUUGACCUGCAGCCUACCAUUGACCUUAUUGAGAAGCCUAUGGGAAUUCUUGCUUUGCUUGACGAAGAAUGUUGGUUCCCUAAAGCUACCAAUAAAACCUAUGUUGACAAACUUCUUGGGCACCAUGUAACUCAUUCCAAAUUUGAGAAACCAGACUUCCGUGCUGAUGCUGAUUUCAGUCUUAUGCAUUAUGCUGGCAAGGUGGACUAUUCAGCAGAGCAAUGGUUGAUGAAGAAUAUGGAUCCAUUAAAUGAAAAUGUAGUUGCUUUGUUACAGGCAUCAUCAGACCCUUUUAUUCAGUUAAUUUGGAAAGAUGCUGAAAUUGUUGGCUUGGGAGCUGCAGCGGCUGCCGAAACUGCAUUUGGUUCCCGAACCCGUAAAGGAAUGUUCCGUACUGUCAGCCAACUGUACAAAGAGCAACUGGCCAAGUUGAUGGCUACUUUGAGAAACACCAAUCCCAACUUUGUGCGAUGUAUAAUUCCAAACCAUGACAAAAGACCUGGAAAAAUUGAAGCCCUUCUUGUGUUAGACCAACUUCGUUGUAAUGGUGUUCUUGAAGGUAUUCGUAUCUGCAGACAAGGUUUCCCCAACAGAAUUUUGUUCCAAGAAUUUCGACAGAGAUACGAGAUUCUCACACCAAUGGCUAUUCCAAAAGGUUUCAUGGAUGGCAAAAAAGCUGUUGGCAAAAUGAUUGAGUCCUUGGAACUUGAUCCCAAUCUAUAUCGAAUUGGACAAAGUAAGAUUUUCUUCCGUGCUGGUGUAUUGGCACAUCUGGAAGAAGAACGAGAUCUUAAACUAACUGACAUUAUAGUCCAAUUUCAAGCCAGUGUAAGGGGAAUGUUAGCCCGAAGAAACUAUCACAAACGCUUGCAGCAGCUCAGUGCUAUCCGGGUUAUUCAAAGAAACUGCUCAGCCUACUUGAAACUCAGAAACUGGCAAUGGUGGCGUCUUUUCACCAAAGUGAAGCCAUUGCUUUCAGUUACAAACCAGGAAGAGAAACUGAAUGCAAAAGAAGAAGAACUGAAAAAAAUCAAAGAAAACUAUGAAAGAACAAAAUUUGAUUUUGAAGAUCUUGAACGUAAAUUUGCCAGUUUGGUAGAAGAGAAAAGUAUUCUUUCCGAACAACUUCAAGCUGAAACCGAGUUGUGUACAGAAGCAGAAGAAACACGCUUGAUGCUCACCAACAGAAAAAUGGAAUUAGAAGACAUUCUGAAUGACACUGAAAGUCGUCUCGAAGAAGAAAUGAAGAACUCUGAAUCUUUAUUAGAAGAGAAGGGCAAGUUGAGAAUGUUAAUAGAAGAUCUGGAAGAACAACUUGAAGAAGAAGAACAAGCUAGACAAAAACUACAGAUGGAAAAAAUGGCAGUUGAUCAAAAAGUGAAAAAACUUGAAGAUGAUGUGACAAUUACUUCAGAUAUGACAGGCAAGCUAGGCAAAGAGAAGAAAUAUUUGGAAGAAAGACUCCAUGAACUGACUUCAAAAUUGGUGGGCGAAGAAGAUAAAUUCAAACAAUUAGGGAAGCAGAAAGUGAGAGCAGAAUCUGCCAUGAAUGAAAUGGAGGUCCAGUUACAGAAAGAAACACAGUGUCGGCAAGAACUGGAGAAACUGAAACGUAAGCUAGAAGCUGAUUUAGCCGAUCAUCGCGAACAACUGAAUGAAAAACGUUCUCAAGUGGAGGAUGUUCAGUCACAACUCUCUCGAAGGGAAGAAGAACUUCAGUUAGCACUGCAAAAAUCAGAGGAUGAGAGUGUUUCAAGAGCGAUGCUCACAAAACAACAACGAGACUUACAAAGUCAAAUUCAAGAACUCACAGAAGAUUUGGAUAGUGAAAAACAAUCUCGAAUGAAAGCUGAAAAACAAAAACGAGACCUCAAUGAAGAACUAGAAGCCUUGAAGUCUGAACUGGAAGAUUCUCUUGAUACCACAGCUGCUGUACAAGAACUUCGAAACAAACGUGAAUUGGAAGUUGACAAUUUAAAAAAGAGUAUAGAAGAUAUCCAGAAGGGAUCUGACCAGCAGAUGCAUGAUGUACGUCAAAAGUACACCAAACAACUAGAGGCUGUCAACGAAGAGCUUGAUACAGUAAAGAAAACCAAAGCCAGUUUGGAUAAAAUGAAGGAAUCCUUGCAGGCUGAAAAUGCUGAUCUUGCUAAUGACUUAAAACAAAUGCAACAAGCUAAGCAAGAGUCUGAGAGGAAACGAAAGCAAAUUGAAUCUCAGCUUCAAGAACAAAGCAUGAAACUAGUAGAUCUUGAUCGCUCCAAAACUGAUUUAACUGAAAAAUUGUCAAAGAUGCAGGCUGAAUAUGAACAAGCAAUGACUUCACUUGAAGAAUGUGAUGGUUCAAUGCUGGAACUUAAUCGUAAAGUCAGCAAUCUUCAGGCUGAUCUUUCUACUACCAAGGAAGGUCUUGAUGAAGAAAGUCGUCUCAAAAUGCAAGCUUUAAUGGACUUGCGUACCAUUACUGAUGAGAGAGAUUCAAUUAAAGAUAAAUUAGAAGAGGAGGAAGAAAACAGGAACUUACUUCAAAAACAACUUGAGAAGAACCAAUCUACGAUGGUAGAGCUGAAGAAAACAACUGAGGAAGCUGAGAGUAAACGAGAUUCUGCUGAAGAAGAACUAAAAAAGGCUCUAAGACUCAUAGAACAAUUACGACAACAAAUUGCUGAUCUUCAGGAACAAAUUUCACGGCUAGAAAAAGCGAAAAAGAAGUUGUCUGAAGAGAAUGAGGAUUCCCGAGUUGAGUUGGACCAACAAAUCGCUCAAGUUAACGAACUCACUAGGAAACAAGCCAAAUUUGACCAGAAAAUGGCAGAGGAGAAAGCAGUUUCAGAACGUUUGAGUACUGAAAAUGAAAAGGCACAACGAGAAAUUAAUGAGAAGUCCACGAAGAUUAUGAAUCUUGCAAAAGAACUUGAAGAAGAACGUGAUAAAUAUGAAGAGCUUGAGAAGAAAUGGAAGAAGUCACAGAAUGAGCUUGAUGGCCUUGUCUCUUCUGUUGAUUCUGAUAAAAGAAAUGUUCUUGACUUGGAACGUCUAAAGAAACAACUAGAGAUUCAGGUUUCUGAACAGCUUGCUCAAAUAGAAGAACUUGAGGAUGACCUACAGACCAUGGAAGACUGCAAACUCAGAGCAGAAGUAACGAUGCAAGCUGAGAUAGCUAAAUUGCAGAAAGAAUUAAGUGGGCGUGAUGAAAAUGCUGAUGAGAUUAAGAGGGGACUUCAAAGACAGUUGAAAGAAUUAGAAGCUGAAAUUGAAGACGCAAGAACCCAAAAGACAACAUCUAUUCAAAGUAGGAAAAAACUGGAACAAGAUCUUGCUCAGCUGACUGAGCAGAUACUUGCUCUUACCAAACAGAAAGAAGAUGCUGUGAAACAGGCUAGGAAAGCUAAUGCCCAAAUGAAAGAGUACCAACGGGAGGCUGAAGAGGCUCGUGCUGCCCAACAUGAUGCCAGUGCAGCAUUCAAGGACAUGAAAAAGAAAGUCAAGUCCUUGGAAGAUGAACUGGUUGUGUUGCAGGAAGAUCUUGCCACCGCAGAGCGAGCAAGAAAGAAUGCAGAAGCUGAACGUGAUGAACUCCAAGAAGAGAUUGCAAGUGGAUCAGUUAGCAAGUCUUCAUUGAGUGAUGAGAAAAGACGACUUGAAUUAAGGAUUACCGAACUGGAAGAUCAACUUGAUGAAGAACAGAAUAAUGGUGAAAUACUUGUUGAUAAGAAUAAAAAAUUAAAUGCUCAGUUUGAACAAAUGCUUACUGAUCUGAAUGCAGAAAAAUCAACUUCACAGCAUUUGGAUAACCAACGCAUGGCUUUAGAACGUCAAAAUAAAGACCUUAAGACUAAGGUACAAGAAUUAGAAAACCAAGCUAAAAUGAAGCAGAGAGCUAUGAUUACUGCUUUGGAAGGGAAAAUUGCUAAUCUUGAGGAUCAAUUGGACCAAGACAACAAGGAGAAGAACAGUGCUCUCCGCAGUAACAGGAAACUGGACAAGAAAGUCAAGGAAUUAAUGCUUCAAGCUGAAGAAGAAAGAAGACAUGCUGAUCAGUACAAAGAACAGAUGGAUAAAUCAAGUGCUCGUGUAAAAGCAUUAAAAAGACAGCUGGAUGAAGCAGAAGAAGAGAUCACUCGGUUGAACACUCAACGACGUAAGUUACAACGAGAUCUUGAUGAACAGAUGGAGCAGAACCAACUUGUGUCUCGAGAAAUUAGCAACAGAAGGCAAUUGCGGCCUCCUGGACGAACAUCUCGGGCUAUUAUAUCUACUGUGCGAUCAAGUGAAGCUGGUGAGAAGGAAGAAUCUGAUGAAGAAGUAGAACAAGCAGCAGAAAAAUGAUUUACUUUGAAUACUGUUUGUUGAUAAAUUUGGCCAAUGUGCUGGCUACUUUGGGACAGGGCUGAAUAGUCUAUCCAACUUUAGCUUGCAGUCUUUAAUUUCCUGAUGACAACCUUCACCCGAUCUGUACAACCAGCAAUAAAUGGAAAAAAUUUGUUUUCCAUAGAUAUAAUAUAAAUAAAUAAAUAAAUAAAUAAAAUGAAAACAUUUGCCCAACCAUCCCGUUCCUGCUUUUGUAAAACAUUUAUCAAUAAUUACAAUUUUCUAUUUUUUUAUUAUUAUUAUUUUAGGUAUUCCUUUUUUGCCCCAAUUUCCCCCCUCCUUCAGCUUUGUGAUAUUGCAAGCAGCCCUGUUCCCUGCAUGGUGCUGGUAAAGAAUAUCGCCUUUUAUAGUUCUCGAUUUAAUUAUCUUUUAACUUUGAGCCCUUAACAUUUUCUCUUAGGUUAGUUGCUACUUUUGUUUUCUACUGUGGCCCUCUGGAGCCAGAAACUGUAAAUACAUUGAACAAAGGGAGACAAUAUUUUUCUUCCCAUGUUUUCUUUCCCUCCCCCUUUUAAUUUUUAUAUAUUUGUGUGUUGUGUAUGUGUGUAUACAUAUAUAUGUUAUAUAUAUAUAUAUAAAUGUAUAUACUUAUAUAUAUAUAUAUAUAAAAUCAUACGCACACAGGUUUUUUUUUUUUUUUUUUUUUGCAUCAUUUAAAUAAAAUUAUGCUUGAAGGAGGGGACUAUCGAACCCUUUGUGGCUUUUCCUUCUAUGCUUGUUGGAGGGAAGAAAAAGAAAAUAUUUUUCUAUCCCAUUUCAAAAAAAUGGAAAGAUAAUCCAGACAAAAAUCUCCAUUCGGUGACUGGAUCCUCUGAAUGAUAAUUUGGUUAAGCUGUUUCUUUGAUGAUACCUUCUCAUUGGGCUUGCUAUCCAGGUGAGACCCGUUCUGUCAUUCCUAGCUAACAAGAUUAUUGAACUGAAAGUAUAUUUGUACUCCUUGUGAAAGCUUUCUAUGAAUAAACACUGGAACUUGUA